AUGCCUUCGACCGACCAUAUCGAUUUGACGGACGCCAGCAUUCAGCAGCUCCUCGCGGAGGCAGAGCAGCGGCUACGCAAAGACAGGGCUGAAUCCGCCAAUUGUUCGGUCGCACUCCGUCAGCCGGACGAAGCGAUCCCCAAUAUUCCUAAAUUGUCCACCGAAUUGACGCUAAAACCGUAUGUUCGGCAUCAUAAUGAUAUUGCCGUUAUCGAUACAACCAGGAUGAUUGAUCCUCUAACCAAUAACAACAUGCAACCUCUUGCGUGUGGACGAGCAGCAUCGAGGUCGAGUUCGAAGAAGGAUAAGCCGACAGCUGGCAGCGACUGGUUCGACCUUCCGAAGACCGAACUUACGCCUGAACUGAAAAGAGACUUGCAAAUUCUACGGAUGCGUUCUAUACUGGACCCCAAACGACAUUACAAAAAAGAAAACGGCAAGGCGCAACCACCCAAGUAUUCUCAAGUGGGAACUAUAAUUGAAGGCCCAGUCGAGUUCUUCAGCGGGCGCAUUGCCAAACGAGACCGCAAGAAGACAUUUGUUGAAGAAGCUCUCGAUAUGGAGAAAGAGAAUAAGCGCUUCGAAGCUAGGUAUAACGCUGUACAAGACAAGAAGCGAAGUGGAAAGAAGGCUUUCUACAAGAGUCUAGUGGCCAAAAGAACGGGUGGAAAAAACCAACGCUGA